AUGCCUCAGGAUGGAGGCCAUCGUUGCCCUGCUAUCCCAGAGGAGGGUCCCUGUGCCCCAGGAUGGAGGCCUUUGCUGCCCUGCCACCCCAUCCGUCCGUCAUGGAGGGCUCCCGAGUGCUGCCUGGCUCCAUGCGUGUAUUGUUUGUGUGUCCGUGCCUGGCCAAGGGAGGUGCCAAUGCUGGGCUCGCCACAGCCCCAAGAGAGAAACAGGGGGCCUAGGAAACAGGGCACAUGGGACUCUAGCCUCAUCCCCAGGACCCCCCUUGGCUCAGAGUGUGGUGCUAGAAACUGGUCCCCAGCCCAGCCCCAGUACUGCCACCUUUGCACCCACCCCUGCAAGUCUCCAGAGGACUGCCCACCCCAGAAGCUGCCAAGCAGGGAGAACGUGUGCCAACUGUGGAGUGGGGAGGUUGGGCCUGGACCCUCAACCUCUGCAGCCUCCCUCCCCACCCCCGAACAGAUGAGCAGCUCAGGCUGUGGCCCUUACCUCACCCCCAGUUCUCUCCCAGUGCUGCAGCCUGCUCACCUCUCCCCUGCUUCCUGCACAUGCAUCACUGGCAUGUUUGCCACUUGCUCCCCUUCUGUUCCCUUGCUCCCCCCUUCUGUUCAGCUUUUGCUUUGUGUUGGUGUGGAGGCUUUAGCUCCCAGCUCCCCUCAUGCUAUCUUUUGA